CUUUCGCGCCGUCUCCCCCGAAUCCCCGCUAUCCCACAAGCGUUACGCUUCAGACACGAUAUCUAUGUCGGAUCCUGGACCCUCAAGACGAUUCUACAGGAGGGCCCCUUCAGAACAAUUCGAUCGAGAAGAGUCUAGUUCCCUGGGCAUGGUGACGCCAGAUUCGAGUCCGAUUCGUGCUCGCCUCAACUCUAGAAGGAUGGCUGCUACUCCGCCCCUGAUUCGAGAGACUUCGGUCUCCUCCGAUCGAACACCGGGUGGAAUAAAAACACCGCGGCUUGAAGGCUCUCAUGUGCGAAUCAAGCUCGAAGAGCCUGUUACGCCCCUAAACUCAACACAUAUGAUGUCUCCUCCCUUAUCCGCCCCUUCCCAGCAUUCUCGCUCUCAUUCCCAGUUGUCGUCUCCGUUCAUGGGCAAACAACUUCUGUUCGAACCGGGCUUGCAAGUUACGCCUCGCGUCGCCUCCUCGUCACCCGCGAGUGGCCGCCUGGCACACGUGGACGAUAUCUUUUCCACGCCAAUCGCGCAACAGUCAUCGACCUCGAUGGCGGCAAUUCCGGCUACUCCAGCGCACACUUUUCAAUACGCGCAGCCAGAGAUGGCACGUGUGUACAUGCAGAAGAUGGAAGAGGCCGCAGCGGAGCAGGCUGCUCGACGCGAACUUCAUCGACCCGAUUACCUGCGACGAAUGUCCCGCAAUGACGGCGCCGAGGGGCAGGCUGGCGUCGAUCACCGCCAUCCAAGAUAUGAGCUUGAUCCUGCGCUUCUCGCCAAUGCGAAUGCGGGCCCGUCUACUUUUCCCAGCGUGCCGGGUCUUGGAGUCACCGAAAGCCCAGUUAAGGGCCGGCGAAUCACGCUGUUCCAGGAAACAUCGGAGGAAAGCUUUGAGGAGAGUCUCCUCGCCGGUGGUUACGGCAAGUAUCGCACCAUCCCGCCCGAGCCCCAGUUUCAUAUCCCAAUCAGCCAAGAUCAACCGGAUCGAUCCACACCUGGAACGCCAGCGCAAGCAGGCGCAUACCAGGGACCUCUCCAUUGGUUACAUACAGCAUCUCCCGGUCCCAGCCCACAGACAAGCACGCCUGUCCCCGGCCCCUCGGCUUUACCCCAGGGACCGCCGACUGAUGAGGCUCCAUCAUCGCCUCGGGAUGCUCAGAAACGACGACGACUGGAAGCUUUCCGAGGCUCCUCACGCGCAUCAGGGCACAGUCUGCAUCCGGUGAAUGUAGAGGGCAUGGGCCGCAUUCUUAUGAACGUCACCAACGAUGAUGCGCCUGCAUCUACCGCUGCUGAAGAAUCUCCGGGAAAGAAGAGAUCUGGUCGUCGCAAGAAGCCAACAAAAGGCGCCGCUUCUAACGCUCCUACACCGAAACAUCCCUCACCCGUGCGGAGUUCAGAGGGCGAGGUUGAAGGACCCAAUUGGCUAGACUCCGAGUUUCCCUGGUGCUUGCGAAAUCAAGAGCGGGCGGAAGCGAUGAGGGCUGAAGAGGAACACAAGCUCAUGUGGAUCUCGAGGUUCCUGGAUCGCGAGAGCGAUUCGGACGAGGACGAAGAGCACGAGAUCCUCCCAAGUGCCACUUGGGGCGAGAUUUACGAGCCGGGCGAGCCGCCGAUGCCAGUACGGAUGGGUAGGGGGAAGAUGGUGCCCUUCCGCGCUGACUCCGCCGGGAAAGGCUCGGUGCAACAUAAAGCUUCCACUGUUCAGAGACCGAGGAGGGGCAUGUUCUUCCCGAGUGACCCCUCCGACGCUAGAGCAGCGUUGUUAUCCAAGAGGAGGGCCAGGGAGAUCAUCUAUAAGAAGCAGAAGCUGGAGAAGGGGUACAACGACGAUGACGGCUCCGGCUCCGAGUCAGAAGUGGUAUGCAUUUGUAGAGGCCGAGACGAUGGGAGGGGGAUGGUCAACUGUGAUGGUUGCAGGACAUGGUACCACUUGGAAUGUCUGGGGAUCGACGAUCCUGAGCAGCUAGGUGGCGAAGAUGACGCUUGGUACUGUGCCCAGUGCCAAGAAGACCGGAAGCCAGCACGCGGACCCGUAGGCGGUCGGAGCCCAAGUCCUCGUGGCGCGAGCCCCGCAGAGCCUAUGCUCGUGCCGACGGACGAGACGCCCAUGCGACCCAAGUUCCUCGACCCAUUGUUCGCACCAACGUAUUUCCAGGCGUCGCCUUCAGCUGCAUGGUCGGCUCAAGUUCCUUCUACUCCGGUUCGCGGAGAAGGCCAUCGUUCCUCUGAGCCGUCGACUCGCACCAGUUUCGGCAGCUCUUCGUCCCGACUCACGGCUGCACCCUCAACCCCGCAAACCUCACAUACCCUCCGUGCGGGCAGUACCCCAGCGUUUCCCGACGUUUAUUCGCGGGAAGACUUCGAUCCUUUCUCGACUCCAUCGCGCGGGAUGAAGUUGAGCAGCGGACCGUUCACCACCCCUAGGCCAAGCUGGUCAGUACGCGCGUCGGCCAACGGCCUGUUCCAGACGCCUUCAAGGCCUUUGGAGCCCUCAAGCUCGAUGAGGUUCCCCUCUCCGCCUUUCGGGGCUCAUCAUGACUACCGUGAUUCGUCAGUCAGACAGUCUGAAGACCGGACGAAGCUUGCGAUGCAUCGAACCCUUCCUGCACGUGCCCUCUGGGAUCCGGAGUCGCCCUCCCCUGCGGCGAGGAGGGUAGACCGUCCAGAGAUUGUGAUACAUGACCCAUGAAGCUCGACGUACUGAUACAAUGUUGCUAUCUGCUAUGUAGUGUUCAUCCCCUGCAGGAUAUAAAGGCCCCGAUGUAUGUGCCGAUGUGAUAUGCUAACAGUAGUUACCCGAUCCUUUCAU